CCCGUUUAUUGAUCCUUGCCAAAAAUAAAAAAAGUACCAACCGGCUGCCUCUGUUGGGGAACCUUCCUUUUUACUCUCUGUAUAUCAAGCAGUUCUUCUCCCCCGUCACAGGUUUCACUCAUUCAUUUCACCCUUUCUCCUGCCCGCACCAUGGAGACAGACUCCGAUCUCCCCCUCCCCUCAAUCGAGGUGAGAGACUUGUCUUUCAAGUUUCCCGAUGGUUCCUCUGGCUUGACGGAUGUCAACCUGGAAGUACCAUCCGGCAGUCGCACUCUUCUCAUUGGGGCUAAUGGUGCCGGUAAGACCACUCUUCUACGCCUCCUGUCCGGCAAGCGUUUGGCCCCAACGGACACUAUCACCGUGGCUGGCAAAGACCCGUUCAAAGACGGGCUUGAAGGCGUCACUUACCUAGGCAUGGAAUGGGUCCUAAACAACAUCGUCCGGACCGAUAUCGAUGUGCCCACACUACUCGCCUCUGUUGGUGGCAACGCCUACCCGGAGCGUCGGGAUGAGCUAGUCGAGAUUCUCGAUAUCGAUCUCCGCUGGCGCAUGCACGCGGUCUCGGAUGGAGAGCGCCGCCGCGUGCAGCUUGCCAUGGGCCUGCUCCGACCCUGGCGAGUUCUCCUACUCGAUGAGAUCACCGUCGACCUGGACCUGCUUUCACGGGCCAAUUUCCUGGCUUUCUUGAAGCGUGAAACCGAGUCCAGGUCCUGCUCCAUCGUGUAUGCCACGCACAUCCUAGAUAAUCUGUCCAUGUGGCCCACGCACCUGGUCCAUAUGCAUUUAGGCACCGUCCGCCAAUGGGGUCCUAUCGAAAAAUUCCGUGACGAGGUCAAAGAAUCCUCGCAGAAUACUCAGCUCGGCGAGCUGGUGCUCAAGUGGCUCACCGACGAUCUCAGACAUAGAGGUCCCCGGAAUGGUUAUCAGGGUCAAGCCAAAACCUACCCGUCACUGGAUGGCUUAGGUGGUUAUGGGCUUGAAAAGCGGCCGUGAUUCGAAUCUAACCUUUUUUCUUUCUUUUCCUUUUCUUCUGCUUUUCUCCGUUUUCUAAGUUCCAGUCCCUACCUUGAUUUGCUGUCUUUUCACGGCUUCGUACGGUUCAACCAUUAUCGCCAUGUAUGCAUAUUACGGGUCCGCGAUCUGCUUCAACCUUAACAGACCUAGAACGAGCGAACCUGUUCAACACUCCAGCUAUCUUUAAUAUCUUUCAACAUACAAAACAUCUCAUGAAUGUCAUUGGCUUCAUGUACUUUGUUGGCUUUCGUCUUCUCCUGCUACGACUAUACUGUACAUAGAUAGAUCAGUUUCCAUUUCAUGAAACCAAGCCCGAGAAAUUAU